AUGUCGCUCUUCGGCGCUUCAGCAUCAAAGCCUGUCCUGACCUUGGGAGCCAGUACUGCCGCGCCGGCUCCCCUGGGCUUAGGCCAGUCCACAAACGCUCAACAACCAGCAAAUACAUCCGCAGCAGCGCCUUCCUCCCAACCGCAGAUAGAUAUCGCUCACCUGCGAUCCACCACAAAAUUCGACCAGCUUACGCCUGACCUACAAAAAGAAAUCGAGGCGGUUGACACCCUCAUUCUCAAUCAGAUCAAACUCGCCUCCGAAGUAGCAGACCUCCUCCCAACCGUGGUCGCUGCGGGAGAAAUGCUGCCCAACAGUGUGGACUUUGUGAGCCAAAAGCUGGACGAGGUCGAAGCUGGGCUUGGGAACGACGCGGAGGCGAUUGUGGCAGCAAGGGAUGGUGGUGUGAAAAAGAAUGAGCUGGAAGCCAAAUGCGUUUUCAGGGCCAUCGACCGGUUAAAAAUGCCCCGGCAAUACCAACAGGUUGCGCAUACGCAAAAUGAGAACUUAAACGGGAGCGGUGUCUACAGUGGAUCAGGCCUCAGCGGGUGGUGGAACAAUCCUCAGACGUUGAGAGGGAGUGUCCGGGCAGGGCAUGCUCAAGGAGAUAAGAUUCAACUCCCGGGUGAAGAGGCGGAGGAGAUACAAGGCCCAAAGAGCUUGAUUGAAUUAUUCAACACGAGGACCGAUGAGAUGGAAGACAUGAUCCAAGGCAAUCGACAACUUCUGAGCGAGAUUGAGGAUUUCGUCCAAGGCCUGGAAGGGAAAGUCGCCGGCAAGGAGAGAGAGUUGAAUGAUCGCCUCAACUACGGCGAUCGGAACGGUGGAACUGUCAGCGAGAAAGACCACCAGAUGCAGCUACUACGCUACGUUUUUGGAGAGGUGCAGAGAAGCCUUUACGAUGUGGCCGAUAAAGUUGGAGCUGCGAGGGACGAGGUUGCACAAUUGACAAUUGGGAGAUGA